AGGAAGACAAGUAAGAUAUAAGUGUUGUGAAACAUGGAUUUGUCAGUUAAAAUAGACUCUAUCUAUCGUUCUGCGAAAGCAAAAGUGGAGGAAACUGGUAAUGUAAAGAGCUAUGCUGAGGCACAAGCUGAAACAUAUUUAAAGCUUUACAAUGCAAUUGACAAUAGAAAGGAAUUCAAACCCAAUCAGACAUCUCAAAGUUUAGAAGAGAAUUUGUACAAACUCUGUGUGGAAGAUGUGGUCGAUCAGAAGAAUCGUAACUUUAUUCAUCGGCCAAAGUUGCAAGAGUUGCCUAUUCUUUCUAUGAAAGAUAAGAUAUUAUCUAUAAUUGAGACAAAUUCUGUAGUUGUCAUUCAAGGACCUACUGGUUGUGGAAAGACCACUCAGAUCCCACAAUUCAUUCUGGACUCUAACAUAAAGAAGAGGCUUAAUUGCAAUAUUAUAGUUACACAGCCAAGGCGCAUCGCUGCGAUAAGCGUUGCGAGAAGAGUCAGUCAUGAGGAAGGCUGGCCUGUGGGUAGCCUCGUGGGUUUCAAAGUCGGUAUGCAUCAAGAGGUCUCCCCUGAUACCCGUUUAACUUACUGCACCACAGGAGUUCUUCUCCAGAUUUUGAUUAAUCAAAAACACAUGUUGGAUUAUACGCACGUCAUACUGGACGAAAUUCACGAACGUGAUCAAGAUUUGGAUUUUCUUUUACUGGUCGUUAAAAAGUUGUUGCAGACUAAUUCAAAACAGGUCAAAGUUAUUCUCAUGUCGGCGACGAUCAAUGUAAAGAAAUUUGCCAAGUAUUUUUCCAUGAGAGUGGGAAAUGAUUUGGUGCCGACGCCGAUUAUCGAAAUCCCGGAAAGGAGACGCUACGAGAUUCGCACGUAUUAUUUGGAUGACAUAGAUAGUCUUGGAACGAUACCGGAAGUGUCCGUCAUAGAACCGACCGUCACUGAUACCAUGAUUAACUUUUGCUCACGUAUCAUCAUCGCGCUGGAUCAAGUUGAUAUAGAUGAGGAUGUAGAUUCGUCUCAGAGACACACCGUUCUUGUAUUUUUACCAGGCAUUUAUGAAAUUCAGGAUCUCUACAAUUAUCUCUCAUCGGUUUAUCAUAAGGACAAAUUGUGGGACCUGGCAAUUCUGCAUUCAUUGAUUUCUAGUGACGAGCAGCAUCACAUUUUUCACAACCCACCGGAAGGUCACAGGCGUAUUAUAUUGUCUACAAAUAUCGCUGAAAGCAGUAUUACUGUGCCGGACGUAAAAUAUGUGAUUGACUUUUGUCUCGUAAAAGUACUCAUUGUUGAUCCUGUCUCUCACACUCAAUCCUUGCAACUUCAUUGGGCGAGUAAAGCAAAUUGCGACCAACGAGCUGGCCGUGCGGGUCGUGUAAUGGACGGUAGAGUCUACAGAUUGGUAUCAAAAGCAUUUUACAAUAACAUUCUCAUUGACGAGAGUACUCCGGAAAUGCUGCGUGCACCACUUACCACUGUUGUCCUUCGCGCCAAAGUUCUUGAUCUCGAUGAGCCGCGCAAGCUUCUCUCGCUUUCCCUCAAUCCGCCAACUGUGUCUAAUCUGAGAAACAGCAUCCUAGUCUUAAAGGAAGUCGGCGCCCUCGUAAACGAGGAUGAUUCUUUUCAACCGUUCGACGGAAGGUUGACCAACCUGGGAAGAAUAAUGGCUUCCCUUCCCCUCGACAUUCGAAUCUCAAAGUUGAUUAUGUUGGGCCACGUAUUCGGAAUUUUACGCGAUGCUAUCGUCCUCGGGGCUAGCAUGGCCAUUAAGAACGUCUUCAACGUUGUAGAGUGUCGGCCUAGCAUAUCUUCUUAUGCUAUCCGCAGAAAGUGGGCUCGUGAUUCCGAUAGCGAUUGCAUCGCUACUCUAAACGUUUACAAAGUGUGGCAGAAUGAGAAGGCAAACCGUCGAUUAACUACCUACCAGGCCGAGAGACAAUGGGCCCAGAGAAAUGGUGUUCAGAUAAAGGCCCUGCACGAAUUGGACAUUUUGGUGACCGAUAUCACGAAUAGAUUGCGGAUGUCUGGCAUCGAAGACAGCGUUGGAGUUAAUAAAAUUGUCUGGCAAGCUAAGGAGCACGAUUUCAUUCUUGAAGUUAUUCUCACGGGCGCAUUUUACCCCAAUUACUUUGUCAAACGUUGGCAGAGCUCUGAGGAUCACAAAAAUAAUAUUAUUAUGAGCCUGGACACUUGGGAUCCUACAAAAACGGUUUAUCUGAGAGGCUGGCCCAUAAAUCAACCUGGAUAUUUGUAUGCCAAAAAUAUUCAGGAAAUCUUUUCCAAGCACCACGGACUCCCGGAGAAACAGCUGGCAGUGUCAUUUGAUACUUCGAAUCGUGUUUUCAUACAAUUUCGCAGGAGGGAAACGGUGCCUACUGAUGAAAGCUUGAACAAUAUAUCAAAUUUCGUUUAUCAGGCUAUCAAGAUGAGGCACUGCAAUGUGCCAAUCGAGAUAAAGUUACUGGAUGAGAGUGAAGCGAGACGGAGAGCAGAAUCUCAUGAUCUAUGGAGAUUUGAACAGAGUUUCUUCUUCCACAAAACUUUUCAAAAGAAAAGAUCCGAGAUUUCUAAAAUCAGACCAGAAUUACCGGACCUCGACGUGACUUGCAUACCUCUGUGUAUACAAACUAUUAUUAAUCCUGGAUAUUUCUGGGCGAUCGUCGACGAUGUUGCUACACAUGAAAAAUUGCGAUCUAUCGAAAAAGCUCUCAAUUCGCAUCAGUUGAAGGAACUCUCCUCUUGUUCUGAAAGUGUAUCGUCCAUAGUAGCCGCUCCUAUGAGAAAAAACGAGUCGUUGAUCUAUCAUCGUGCUAUAAUCGAGGAAAUCUUUCCAGCCGGAGGACUGGUCGACGUUUUCUUUAUUGAUUACGGUCGCUCGUCUCGAGUGCAAUAUAGCGAUUUAAGAAAAAUAGAUAACAACGUAAUUCUACAAAUUCCUUGUUUAGCGUUUUGCUGUAGUCUGGCUUUUCUGCGUUCUUCGAAUCAAAUCAAUUUUCAAAAUCGAUGGUCUGAAAUUUCGAAAAACUAUUUCCGAACGCAAGUUAAGAGAAAUGGACAGAUUUUUGGGAAAAUUUACUCGGUGGUUGAUAGUAUCGUUAAUUUAGAAUUAAUCGUUGUUAACAAUAAGGGGGAGCAACUUAAUAUUAAUGAGAGCUUCGUUGAAAAAAGAUACGCGGUAAAGAGGGAAGAGAGUUAUCUGUCAAAGCACAAUCACGAGCUAAGAGCGGACAUUGAUACCAUCGACGCGAUGUCGACAGAGAAAAGGGAGUUUUACAGGGAGAUGCAGUACGAUAGGGACGACUUGUUGCAGUAUCCCGACCCACCGAAAAAAAAAGACUGCCAGUCCAGCAUAAAACUCCAAGGGCCAUUCUCUCCCUUAGAGACGGAACUGGUUCAACUGACGUAUACCAAAAAAAAAGCAAUGACAGAGAAGUGUUCUGUGAAUUCUGUCCUCCUGGAUGAUGAUCCCGAUCAAUUGGGACGUCUCUUGGUCGCCCAGAGCGUCAUUCAAUCACCGAAUAGCGAUGAUUUACUUCUGCUAAAUACCACUUUGCUGCCAAAUAUUCCCGGACUCGGGACGUUGCUUACUCUCAUUUUUGCGCCGCGUAUGGAGUUGCGAUGCGACUCUCGGAAGUCUUAUUACACGGGAGCUUUGUGCGGUUUGGGGCCGAUCGAUAAAUACACCGCACGGGCAAUGUAUCCUGAGCACGAUAUAGGGAUUCGAUUUGACGUGGAAAUCACGAUCGAUGACUUGAAAGAGAUAAAUAAAUUACGCUUUUGGAUGAGCACCGGAAUGCAACUCAAUGAGAAUUCCAUGGAGGAGGACAUUAUAAAUUGUCAGAACAGAAUCAAACGUAUCUUGUUCGAGUUAAUAGACAAACCGAGGGAAUUGCAAACUCCGUCAAUCGAUUAUUUCGGCCGUGAAUGGAAUCGUUACAACGAACUGUGCCUUUUGUCCGCUGCGCGGGAAACAACCGCGGGAAACUGCGACGUGUAUCCAUUGCAUAAAGCAUUAGAACUGUACGAGAGGGACGAGGAAAUAGAGAAGCUGCUGAAGAAUAUCUCGGAAUUAGAGCUUCUUGCCUAUGAAAAAGACAUACGUAAAGACACAGUUUCUUCUUGCCAGUUGUGUGAAUUGAAAAUGAUUGGUUUACUGGAACUGCGUCUUCAUCUUUGCUCAGAACAACACAAAAGGAAUGAGCAAGCACUGUUACGCCAAGCAAAAACCAAUUAAGUUUACCAGUUAUUUAUAAGGUUAUAAGAUAUUGUUUUAAUUUCAUAAUAAUUGAUUAUUUCUAUAAUAAGAUAAUAAGAUAUUGAUUUAAUUUUAUGACGAUUGACAAUUAUGUUUAGACUUUAUGUUCAGACAUUAAAACUGCAUUAAUAUAAUGCAGUUCUCUUUCGUAUGAAAGACUGAUUAGUACCCGAAAGCUUUAAAGUUUAGGUUAAACUUAGGUUAUGUUUCAUGCCGACACGCGUAGGAAGUGUACAUAUUAUUAUGUGAAAAAUCUGAAAAGCAUAGAUGAUUGUGAUCAAUAAAUGUUUCAAAAUAC